UGCUGGCACACGACACGUUAAAGAUGUUGGGCUAAGCAACCGCAUCGCAUUUUUUCUUCUACUUUUUUCUUGUAGCUAUUAUUAGUUUUGGUCGCUCUUAAAUCGGGUAUUUUUUUUUAAUGGAUUGGGUGGCGGAGGCAGCGACAGCUGUGCCUCCAUCUCGACGCUGUAGCACGAGAUCGCGACUCUCUGCAGGCUCCAGAGCUUCGGAUUCGGACGGCCCUCAGCAAUGGACCGCCCUCAGCAAUGGACCGCCGCACGAUGCCAACGAUUGCUACGCCAGCUUCAGUCGCGCCUAGCUAGCCUCCGAAAGCUGGUAUCCGAAAAACCUCCAUCGCCCUCAGCUGGAUCCAAACGAACUUCAGACAAUGGACAAGAUUCGGCAUCGAAGCGCGUUCGCUCUACGUACGGCCAAAGGGCUAAGAGAGCAGCGGCGCCCGUUACCGACAAAUCUGUCACAACGCCCCCACGAACCGUCCGUACUCUAGGGGCUAUGAAGCUGGGAAACGUAUCCCCAACGUCCGAAUCAGUCGACUUCCUCACACCCGUUUGGCGAAAGAUCCGAGAUCAAGUUGAUACACCGGUGAAGAAUAUCGAUAUCGAGUACGGCUUGCUAAACUCGCUUCCAGCCGACAUGAUUGAAGGCCUAAAUGCGAUUCGGCGACAUGUACCUAGCGAGCCAUAUCGCAUCUAUGAAGCAAUAUUUCACUGGCUACACCGACUACUAUAUUCAACUACCCCUCAGGGAAAGCAUCAUCGCGGUAAAUCGCUACUUGCUAUGUGUUUGCGCAGAAUUCCAGCCUGUAUCGCAAAUAUAGAUGCAUACGAUCGACAGCAGCUAAAAGAUAACGGGGACGAAUCAAUAUGGAACAUAUCUAACGCAACUUCAGACCUAUUUGACCAGCUUGAAACCCUAGGAGCAGACCGUUCCGGAUGGCGACCAUUGAGGCUGGUGGUUCGUUCUCAAGCUAUACAUCUCUUAUCAAAUGCUAUUUUGGAUGGGCUCUUCCGAUCGGAAUUUUGCAAUCUCCUAGUACGCCUAUGUGUUCAUUUGAAUGGCAAUGAGGAGGCUAAUCAGCUGGUUGCCUCCAUAAAUAAACGUCAAAUCUCCUUGCUGCAGGCUAGACCAACUCACUUCGGCGAGAGCAAAGAUCUCACAUCGCUUUGGGCGUUAUUGAAUUCGUUGAAAGGGAAGAAACUAUCGGGCCCUAUUUUUGAGUGUGUGUCUGCUUUGGUCAAUAGAGGGCGUCUCUCGUCGUCUUCGCUGUCUUCGCGAGCUUUCUCUGGUUUCUGGAUAUCCAGCCUCGAAGGACUGACUUCUGGAAACGCGAAACCGCACAUUGUCGAAUUUAUGUGUUCAGCUAUAUGGACCCUUGCUCGAGGCAGCCGGCCUAAAACCGCAGAGUGCAACGCCAUCGAGCAGGUUCUAAUCCGCGUUGCGGCUGGUUUAGCAGUCGCGGCGCUAACAUUGGAAUCACAAAUUGUGCUUGGAGAACAGGAACAGAGAAAGUCAGCAUGGAGACGGCUCGUUUAUGUACUUGACCGUAGCAUCUCGCUCAUUGCACGAUAUAAGAGCCGAAAAAGUCCUCAGAACAAUGCCUCGUUCCUGCUCGUCCUUGCGCGCUAUCUUUCAGUGGCAAAGUCAGACCUGGCAAACGUCACAUUUAAAAGACGAGUUACCGAGGAAUUUGAAAACAUGGCUCAUACAAUCGACAUCAAGGCGAAUAACGGUAAACAAUAUCAGCAGACAAUCAUCCUUCUAUGUACCAUUGUCCAGUGUCGCCGGCGCAGCAGCUCAGCCUCUAGCCAAGAGGUAUUAUCUGAUCUCUACUCAAGGCUGGAUCAGGAGAAAGUGCCCGACUGGUUUGAACACGGGCUUCAAAAAGAUCUUGCCUUUAUGCUCGCCCAAAAGACUGAAGAUCUUCGUGAUCUGAACUUUGCGGAGAGCCUGUCUGCUACCGCUCCGGCUGAUCCGAAGUUCGGCACGAUUUUCUCCGGAUGGCGGUGGGAAGAAGGCAUUAGUGAAUGGGUAUUGCCCAGUCCUCCACGAACAGCCGGUAGAGCUACUACGCCUGCCAAAGCCGCUAGCCUCAGUGAUGUUGAAAACGAGCCAUGCCUAGAGAAUAGCGAAGAGGAAAUGAGCUUUGAUGGUCCUCGGAGAAGAGAUGCUCAUCAAAUCGCUUCAUAUCGUAGAAGACGGCAAACAGAUUCGGUGCUCUUGGAGAGGGGGAAAAAGAGAAUAUCAAACUUUCAGAGUGUACGCUGGGAAAGAAGCAGUGAUAACACUGGAUGCGAGACCGCAUCUAGGUACAUGGGCCCUAUCAAGACCUCAAUACAGAGGCCAAAGGCUAUGAAACCCUUUUAUAAUUUAUCUCAGCUGCAUAGAGAUUUCAGAGACGAAAUAGACGAGCUAGUUUAGAAUAACGACAUGAUACCACUAUACCCAUCA